AUACUAAGUGAUAUCGCGAAUCGGCGCGUCCUGAUUCAGUUUGCAGUUUUUCUUUCCAAUUUCUGAAUAAAGUGUUAUACGAGGAGCCAUGGCGGACAAACUAACUCUCGAUAGACAGGCUAUGAAAGAUAGGUCUACGUCUCAUCUUCGUAUUUACGUCGGAGGAAUAACCGAUAAUGCAACGGUUGAAGAUAUGUACGACCACUUCAUUCAAUAUGGGCAGAUCAACGGCAUUGUUGUGAAUCGUAACUUUGGUUUCGUUCAGUUUGAGACAGAGGCCAGCGCGAAACAAGCUAUUGCUAGUGCUGAUGGAAGCAUGUUUAUGGGGAAGACUAUUAAUGUGAGGACUGCUCAAACCAAUCCGGACAAAGCAAGACCCACAGAAGUAGUAAUAGUGGAGCCUGAAGUCCCGCCAGCUGUGGUGCUGACUGAUAACCUGCCUCUAGACAAUGACGGUGGAGAAGAGCCUUACGACAGCUAUGGCAACUACAUCGGGGACCAGAGCCAUGGCGGCUACAAAGACAGAGAAGAAGAAUACGAGGAGAACAGCUACAACAAUCAAAGCUGGGGCGAGGCCCCGCGCGGGCGCGGGCGCGGCGGGGCGGGCGCGCGCGGGCGGGGGCGCGGGCGCGGGCGCGGCGCGGCGCCGCCGGCCUUCAGGGACAGGGAGGAGGCGCCGCCGAGGAGAGGUGGCGAGUGGAAUGAGCAGCGUGGCUACUCUCGCGAGCGGUACGCGCCUCCGCCCGAAUACCCGCGCCCUGUUCCUGUCAGCGAGCGCAAUGACUGUGAGAUCAUUGUCGUCUCUAAAGCUCUCACUGAGUACGCAGAAUACAUCGAAGGCCGCCUGAAGCGUCUUGGCAUCGUGGUCGACUUACUCUUCCCAAUGGAGGACGUUCCUAUUGGAAAAGUGCUGGGCAACAUAGCGUCCCGUGGAUGCCUCUACGCGAUACUGGUCAUGCCACAGAACCAGGAGAACCGGUCUCUUACGCUCACUAUACUACACGGGUUACCCCAAGAACACCGCAAUAUGCCUCUAGAAGAUGCCUUGCAACUAAUGUCACGGAACUUCCAAGAGGUGCAACGUGGUGGGCCGAGCGGUCGCGAGGCUGUUUACGCACUGCUAGGACAGCUAGCUGAUGGACGAAGUCUAACUGUUAUGCAGUAUGAAAAAGUCAUUGAGUAUUUGCAGGAACGCAAAGAGCAACAAGUGAAGAUCGAGCUAGGCGAGCCCCUCGCGCCCGCCUCCACCAACAAGACCGAGAGCGACCUGCAGCAGCGCAUCCUCAGCAUCCUCAACGACAAGGUGGCCGAGAAAGUCGCGCCCGUGCCCGCGCCCGUACCCGCUGUACAGAAUAACAAGCUCUUCAAUGACCCCACGGUUAGGAAAGCGCUCGACUCCAUUUUGCAGAAGUUUACAUAGAUUUAGGGACUACUUAGAAAAUAAUGUAUGAUUUUUGAAUAGACCGAGGAAAAGAGAACUGUUGCGCGCCCGUUUUAAGUUAUCUUGCAAGUACAGAUGUAAUAUACAAACAAAAAUUUGUCUGUAAAAGUCCCUCAUUUUUGCAGCAAAGAAUCUUAGCAUCCAACGAUAAAUUGAUACCAGGGUGAGCGCAGAGAACAAAUUGUUCAAAGACCCAAUGGCUAGGAAAACUGCAGCAAUGCAUCCUCAGCAUUCUUAAUGACAAGGUGGCGGACAAACCUGCCCCCGCUGUGCAGAAUAAUAAGCUCUUCAAUGAUCCUACGGUUAGGAAAGCGCUCGACUCCAUUUUGCAGAAGUUUACAUAGAUUUAGGGACUACUUAGAAAAUAAUGUAUGAUUUUUUUAAUAGACCGAGGAAAAAAUAACUGUUGCGCGCCCGUUUUAAGUUAGCUUGCAAGUACAGAUGUAAUAUACAAACAGAAAGUCGGUAUUUCUGUAAAAGCUCCUCAUUUCUGCAGCAAAGAAUCAUAUGAUCAUAAUAUGUGUCGCUUAACUUCAAACUUGGGUAAAUCCAUUCUGCUUUUAGGUUGAAUAAAUAAAAAAUAUAAUAUUGAUCUGAAAGAUAAUCAACCUUAGCAGAAUGGAUUUUACCCAAGUUU